AACCGGCAACUUUGCCACCACCAGUAUUGGGGAUGCUGAGCUGUGAGGGCUGGGCCCGGAGAGGGGUGGUUGUACGGGGGGCUGUGGCAACUGUCAGGCCAUGAAUGGGGCUGACCCUCAACUCAGUGCAGUGUGCUUGUGAACCAGGGUUUCACAUCAGCAGUCAUGAGCAAAAGUGACAACUGUACCGAUCCACCAGCGUCGGCUUUCCCCUCCUUAACCCAGGCCUGGGGACUGUGGACUCUCUUAGGAGCUGUGACACUCCUGCUUCUCAUCUUACUGGCCGCACUCUUGUUCCAGUGGACCAGGGCCCGGAGCAGGAGUCAGCCAGGGCGUGGACGCACUGGAGGGUCUGUGGAAGAGAUCCCCCUGUACGGGAACCUACACUAUCUGCAGACAGGCCGGUUGUCACAAGAGCCAGGCCAACAGGACCCCCCCGCUGGAAGCUCUCCCAGGGUUGCAGAGGAGGUGAUGUGCUACACCAGCCUGCAGCUGCCGCCCCCUCAGGGCCGCAUCCCCAGCCCUGGGACUCCCAUCAAGUACGCUGAAGUGGUGGUGGACUCUGACCCAAAACCGCAGGCUGCAGACACGGAGCCGGAGCUCUACGCCUCCGUGUGUGCCCAGACCCGCAGAGCCCGGGCCUCCUUCCCAGAUCAGGCUUAUGCCAACAGCCAGCCUGUGCCCAGCUGAGGAGGGCCUGGCACAACCUGUCUCCCGGUGCUCUGUUUGGAGUAUGCCUGUUUCUCAGCCAUCCCCAAGGACAACAAGCUGUGGCCCAGUCAGGGGCGAUGGCCUCCCAGAGCUUCCUAUCCAAGAUGUGAGGGAAACGUCUCAGGGUAUGGCAGGCCCCUGGCUUCCAGAGGAUGGAACAGCAAAGGUAGUGGCCCCAUCCCCACUUUUCUUUUUGACCUAUUCCUCUCAGCCCCAAACUCCAGGGACUCACUUCCUCCUUCUGAAAUUUAAUCUGAUCCUUCUCCCCCUCUCCCUCAGAACCUGCCCAUCACCUGGGUGCCUUUUCAGCACCGGAAGAGGGCAGCCAGUGGGGAGGGGUAAGGAGCCCAAGAGGAUGUGGGUGGGUAUCUUCCUGGGGAGCGCAUAGCCUGGAAGGGUCUUAAAGACCUGGAGACCUGAGCAGCCCAAACCUGGUUUCUGACCCUGACAGGAAAAUGCAGUCUCCAUGCUGGUCUCUCUGUCAUGUUCCCUACUUUUCAAAUAAAACUUUUAAAAAUGC